GAAAAAUGGAUAUAGAAGAGUUUCGUAAAAGAGGUUACGAGGCAGUUGACCGAAUUUGCAAGUAUUACAAAGAGCUUGACAAUUACAAUGUUUUGCCAAAUGUGGAGCCUGGAUAUCUCAAGAAGCUUCUUCCAGAAGAGAUACCUGAAGGUAUAACAUUUGAUGCGAUUCAAUCGGAUAUAGAAACUAGAAUAAUUCCUGGUGCAAAUUCAUCUUUUCCGUCAAUUCUUGGUGAUAUGUAUAGUGACAUGUUCAAUUGUAUAGGAUUCAAUCUCAUUGGUUUAGAUAAAAGUUUUCUUAGCGAUGUUUACGGCGGUGGUGUAAUUCAAGGGGUUGCUAGCGAUGCUACGUUGGUUGUUUUGCUUGCAGCUAGGCAACGCAUAAUUGAUAAAUACAAAACUGAAGGUUUAAACGAAGAACAAUUAUAUGAAAUAUCAAAUCGUCUGGUUGCAUAUGGAUCUACUCAGACUCAUUCAUGCUUGAAAAAGGCCACAAUAAUAGCUAACGUACGCUUUGGUGCACUUCCAACAGAUGAGAAAUUCUCUCUAAGAAGAGAUACUUUUAAGCGUGAAAUUGAAAAGGAUGUUUCUCAAGGUCUAAUUCUAUGUUUCCUUAAUGGUACAAUAGGCACAACAGGUUCUGCAGCAGUUGAUCGUAUUUCGGAGUUAGCUGAUGCAAUUCAAGGCACAGACGUAUGGCUUCAUAUUGAUGCUGCUUAUUAG